AGCGAACCCGAUUCUAUGGAACUACGGUAAUGUGCAUAGACCAAUUCGAUCUGCAUCGCAAGCGAUGGCGAACAUGGCGCAUGUCCAUGCUACCAUCCACACCCAAACGCAUUCCGACAAUGCACAACACGCAAAAUGGUCCUUUCAAUCCUCAUCGCCACAAUCGUAGCCCCGGGCCUCCUCGGCUCCCAAGAAGCAAUCCGGCAAUCGCAAUCCAAAGAGAAGCGCGAAGAACACCGCGCCCGCCGCUGCAACCUCAUCGCCACAUGCGUCAAAUCUUCUCCUCGCAGCCGCGAGAUAAACGGCCGGCAAGUCGUGCUGAGGAAUGGGAAGCUCUGGAUCGAUACUGGGACGGAAGAUGGAAGCCCGCUGGGUCAUCCUUAUGCCGGAUAUUACCUUCCUUACCCGGAUACGAAUUAUGAGGGACUUGUCACGACGAUUACGGAUGUAGCGCCGAUUAUGAAUUGGGUUUAUGUUGAUAGAGACACGGGAGAAGCGAAAUACGGAGUGAGAGCUGAUGCACAACCGCAUCUCACCGGCCCAUUCGACUGCACGCGUCAAGAUCGGCGGCUCACAUUCGAUGGAUGGGAGGGGUGGUGUGCAGUUGAACAAGCGCCCGGCCUAUGGGGUCUGUACUUUGAUAUCAGCGAUGACGGCCUCAAAUCUAGAGUUGCACCUGGUACGCGUGUUCUGGAAAUCGAACUUAGUCGCAAGGAAAGGAGGUGGAAGAAAGAGGCGGACGAGAGGAUGGCGGAUCAGACUACUAAGAGGGAGGUUGAGAGGGAGGAGGAUGCGCCGGUUGAGAAGCCGUUGGGUGGGGAGGCUGUGGAGGUGAGGCCGGGGGUUGGGGCUGGUGUGGGAGAUGGGAAGGAAGAGGGUUGGAGGCCGAUGAAGAUACCGAAGUCGAUCUUUGAGGAUCCGCCGCCCGUGGUGGAGAGUUUGGUUUUUAGGUCAAGGACACCGCCGCCGGCGUAUGAGGCUGUUGGAGGGGGUGAAGAGGAGAUUUCGGGUCCAGGGAGGGGACGGGACAGAGCAUCUGCUGAGGUGUCUGGUAUGGGUCAAAGUAUUAACCCAACGCCUCCUGUCGUAACGGAACCUGUGCAAGCCGAAGCUCAGUCAUCGCUCGCUGAAAAGACAGAAAUUUCAUCGAACGAGCCAAACGUCGCGCAAGCUCAAUCACCACCGAUACGUAUCGAUGAGGUCAGAGGCAAUCCAGAAAAGGUGGACUCCCCGUCGUCACCUGAAGAGCAACCCACAUCUUCCAGCGAGAAGCGAACGACACCCAAGUUGAACAGAAGCAGCGGCUCUCGAGCUCUAGCUCAAGCGCAGAAGUUCGAAGCCAUGGCAGCAGCGCAAAAGACUAGUCCUGAGGCCGGAAAGCGAUCGAGUAAACGUGGAUCUCGUGCCAACAGUAACACUUCCUCUGUAUACUCCAAUGAGGAUGCCUCACUGAGCGUGCCGAGUGUCAGUACACAGCCCCAAGCUUCACCAACACCGGCCCCUCUAGCACUCGCCGUCUCAAAGGCGAAACAAGCAAAAGCACUGGCGACACGAUCGCAACCAUCAAUGACAACCGAAUUUUACCCAGCCAUAUCCCAAGCUCGAUCUACGUCAAGCGCCAAACCCGUUAUAUCUCUACCCCGUCGACCAAAUCCGAAUAGAUCUACUCCCAGCCCAAGCCUAAGUCCCUCAUCACGACGAUCAACCUCACAGCAGUCGACACAAAGACACACUCCCGAUCGCCGACAAAGAGAUCGUUCCAUCUCUGAAGUCUCAUCGCCAUCCUCCUCUAGAGCCGCUACGUCUCGUUCGUCACCUAGAUCCUCCACAAUGACAUCGGGGAGGCAGUCGCUUGCGAGGACUAUGACGAGUGGCAAGGGGAAUCAGGGGAUGAGUAAUAGGAUUGGAGGGGGUCAGGGGAGGGGAAGUGCGAGUGGGGUGGGUAGGGGAGUUAGUACUACUUCUACUGGGAAGGGUGGGGGAACCGUGAGUACCACUAGUGGUAGGGAGAGAGCGGUGAAAACGGGUGGAAGGAAGACCACUUCGGCGUUGUUCAGGGAGAUUGAUGAUUUGGUUGGUUUGGAGGACGAAGGUGGGAAGACGAAGUGAUCUAGCGUUGCAACACCAUCACACAGAUGAAAGAUAGACAUCAAUGAAAAAAUCCCAUCAAACAUCAUCAUAUCUACUUCACAGGUAGGUAGUGCUUGGUUGAGUAAUCACGUUCUGUGUUGAUGCCCGAAAUCGAUUAGGCGUCAAUGCCACAUUCCAUAAUUCGCUCAGUACCACCAUCUUUCCUCAUUUCUUCUA